AUGGCUAUUUGCUAUUCUAGACAAACUUUACAGACUAUUUCGUUGCCUACCGCUCUCUUAAGACUGGACCCCGGUGUAUGGCGGCGAUUAAUUCAUUUUGGCAUCUCGAGGGUAAAACCUACUCGGCGCGGAACUCGUGGUGGUCGAAGGAGAUCAUGCACUCCUCCUUCCUCUACCACUUUUCUGCAUCGUACUGAUAAUUUCUGCGCCACUCCUUCUCUGGAAUCAACAUUUUGUUCACGAACGGUUGGAAAUUUACCGGAAAGACGUGUUUUGCAUAUUCCUCCUCCGUCUCAAUUAAAUAUUCAACUUGACACCUUUCCCAUCGGUUCGAUAAACAAUCAACCUGUCACGGCAAUCGGAGCGCAAAAUCGCCAUCGCACUUCAAGUACGGCACCCCGAGGCCGUAAUUCGUCCAAUAUAUCCGUGAUAAACUGUCGACCGCGACGAGAGGAACACGAGUUUGGCAUGAACAUCUUACUAGCAAACACACAGUCGUUAGCGCCUAAAAUCGACGAAGUGCGAUCUGUGAUGUUGAACGUAAAGCCUGAUUUAGGUUUCUUUACAGAAACUUGGUUACGCGAGACCAUCAGUGACAGCCAAGUUAAUAUUCCUGGUUACUCGUUUAUCGCAAGAAAUCGUUGUGUGGAUAUCCAUGGUGGUGUAGGACUUUACAUCCAUGAUUCCAUCAAAUUUAAACCGCUCGAUGAAUUUUCAGACCCUGAUUUUGAGUCACUUUGGGUGUGGCUUAGGCCAAGGAGGCUGCCUAGAGGAUUUCCCUGCCUGGUUGCUGGUACCGUCUACCACCCACAGUUAGGCGUUAACAAUAGUGGUAUGCUUAACCACCUUACUACUACACUGACUGACAUUGUGGGCCAGUAA